GAUAAUAAAAAUUUGAAAAUUUGAUGUUACAAGUUAGUACAGCUGCUUAAAAUUUACUGCUGCAUGUUAAGUUGGCAACACUAAAUGCAGUUUGCCAUCCGGCUUUAUUGUUUUGCAAAUAAAUAUUAAUUGCGUUAUUUUUAUAUGAUUUCAACAUGAGCUCAGUUAAUGUUUCAGUAGAAACGACUUGUGAAAAUCAAAUACAGGAAAUCACUUUUGAUGGGACCGAGAUUUAUCAACAUCCGCCAACAUUGUCGGAGAGUCUAACAAAGUGUGCUGCACGUAUAGAUUUCAGUAAAACAUCAUUAGAUGAUGUGAAAAAAGAAGAGAAAACGGAAGAUGAUAAGGACGUGACGCAAUGUCAGCCAGUUUUGUGGCCUUGGGAUUCUGUUCGCAACAAAUUAAAUGACGCUUUGCAAGAGAUAUGUGUGUUGUCCGAUGUUAUUACAAUAGCGAAAGAUAAGCGUUACCUAGUACUAGAUCAAGUGCCUGAAGAACCGGAAGACACAAAGCCGAUCGUGCAAGUCUAUAGUAGGAAGAAAGCACUUGCACAUGCCGCACAAGUUAUGCUAACAAAUUCUGAACGCAUGCGGAAUGCACAUGCUGAGCUACGCAGUCGUAACGUGUCGGAUUUUCAUAUUGAAUUGCUCCGUUUAAGACAAAAUUGGCGACUUAAAAAAGUUGGAAAUAACAUUAUUGGUGAUUUGAGUUAUCGAACAGCUGGUUCCAAAUAUGGCAUGAGUGGCACUUUUGAAGUCACGAAAGCCGAGGAUUCGCCUGAUGAUGAUGGAGCAUCUGGUAGUAGUUCUAACAAUGGUUUGCCUAGUCAAUCGCCGAAAACCAGUUCAGCAUUACGAGUUAUUGUGCCAGCAGAAUUACAGGGUGUGGCUUAUAUUAAAGUUAUAACACAAAAGGAUCAGGAAGACCUUUGCACAGCUGUAGUAAAUCUACAUGGACAUGGACCAAAUUUAUCGCAACAGGCUGGAGUUUGGCAAAAGACGCUGGAGUUUGCACAGAAUGUUUUAUUUUGUAAGGAAUUAUUUAACCAACUGGCACGUGAGGCAAUUCAAUUACAAGCUCCAAUACCACAUGUUGUGAUUGGCAACCAAAUACGUGCAACUUUACUUCCUGGCAUACAAUUAAUAAUAUCACUUUGUCAUUCAACAACAUUUGAUUCGAAUCAACCUGGUCCGAUUAAUGAUCACGAUCACGUAUUAGAGCACUCAUUGCAUCAAUUAUUGCGCGAAGUACAUCAUAAAAAUUCAUACCUUCCGUUUCCGCAUCCCGCAAGUGGGCCACUUGGGCCAAGCAAAAAGCGUAUGGUUGCUGGACCUUUGGCAACAGAUCGUCAUAAUCUGUUAGAGAUGACGAAAUCCCAAACUAUUUUAGAGCAAAUAAUUGCGCAGGCACAACACAUUUUUAUGCGUAAGCGAACCCAAUAUGUUUUAGAUACGUUAGCUAGAGAUGUUAAGGAUCCACAAAUCGUAUCACAUUGGAAUGCUAUGAACAGCCCCACCUUGUCGUGUGUCAAGAUUAAUAUUGUUACACAUGGUUACGAUACCAUAAAUCGUACCUCACUAGUUAUUCAUGUAAAGGAACGCUCACUGAAGUGCAUAUGUCGUGAUGGUCGUGUGAUGCAUCUUUCCUACGAACCACAAGAGCUACGUGAUUUAAUACUUUGCCAGAUAAAUUCACAUCAAAUAUCCUGUUUACUUAAUUUGGCACGCUGUAUGGCUUGGACUGUACUUUCUAAUAGCAACCAUCUAGGUAUUGGUAAGGUAGAGCCAUUAGGUAAUGCCAGUUCUUGCCUGUUAGCUUCUCCCAAUAGUGAUCGCAUGAUUGCUGUACAAAUUCGUUGCGAUCCUCAAAUUGAUGUUAAAGUAUAUAUAGCACGUAGUCCACGUCAAGAUUUCUUCCCAAGCCCUCUGGUACCUGAAAAAUUCUGGGAAAAUUUAGGCGGACAAUUUAAAGAGGUGCGUUUUGAUAAAAUUGAAGGUAAGAAUUUUCUCCACAAAAUGGAAUUUUUGAUGGCAUCAUUAACCAGUAGCUCAUCAUAAAUGAAUUAAAAUUAUAGAAAUGGUAUUAUUUAACUUAUAAUUUAAUAUUGAUUCAAACUUGAAUAUCAGAAUGUAAUUCUCUUAAGAAUA